UAGCCCCCACAAAAAGGGCUUCUGUGUUGGUGCACCCGAAUCAUCUGCAGAGACACAACCACCCACCCUUGUUGAGCCCUUUUGUGACUCUGCACCAUUGUGGUCGCCAGGCUCUGGCUGCUGUGCUCCUCGGAGACGGGGGUGGAGGCACAGCUGAGAAGAGUGUAUCUGGACGAGUGAAGGGGUUAGGAGGAAAUGUCGCUUACUUGCGCACUGUGGUUCCGGAAAGGCCUUUUCCGGAGACGUCGCUCGGGAACUGAGGCUGACCGAGCACUCUCCCAGCAGUCUGACUCCGAGGCCAAAGGCCGGGGUCAAGGAGGAGCUUGGCUUUGUUGUGAGCGAUGGAAGGGGAAGCGGAGCCAGGAGUGUGCAGCUCUCGCUGCAGAGCUCCACACCUGCAGGGAGCAGCUAAUGCAGAGAGAGGAGGAGAUCGCCAACCUGAAGGCGGAGAGAAACAACACCAGGCUGCUGCUGGAACAUUUGGAGUUCCUCGUCUCCAGGCACGAGAGAGCUCUUCAAAAAACAGUCAUACGGCGACAGGCGAAGACUCCUGCCGGCGUGUCCAGUGAGGUGGAGGUGCUCAAGGUCCUCAACUCCAUAUUGGAGAAGGACAAAACCGAGGCUGAAAUGGUGUGCCUAGCCACAGCGGUUCUCAAUUUGUGCACAUGCUGUGUGAGAGAGCAGUUACUGUCAAAGGUGCAGAGCCAGGUGAAAGAGCUCCUGACUACCCUGUGCAUUCUCGUGGCCAAGCUGGAAGAGGACCUAGACAUCUCAAGGAAAGACCUCAUCCUUUCUGAAGCAAGGAACACCAUAUUACAAAGAGAUAUCCGUGAAGCCGUGGCCCAGAAGGAAGACAUGCAAGACAGGAUCACUACCCUUGAGAAGCGCUGCCUCAGGGCACAGCACAAAGCCACCUCUCUGCACGACCUCAAGGAUAAACUUGAAAACGAGAUCGCAAAGAAGGACUCUCUGCAUCGACAGACUGUGGAUCAAAACCGCCAGUUGCAAGAGCGCCUGGAGGUGGCGGAGCGGAGGCUGCAGCAGACCCCGAGGAAGGCCAAGUCGCUGCCCGAGGUGGAAGCCGAGCCGGCUCAGAGGGUGGCCACCCUCUGCAAGGCCGAGCAGAGGCGUGGCAACAUGGAAGAAAGGCUGCGCCAGAUGGAGGCCCAGCUGGAGGAAAAGAACCAAGAACUGCAGCGGGUAAGGCAGAGAGAAAAACUAAAGGAAGAGACUAAUCAACAUCUGUCCAGCACUAUUGACAAGCUCCUGUAUGAAUCGGACAAGCGACUUCAGCGUCAUCUAAAAGAGAGAAUGGCUGCUGUGGAAGAUAAGGAUCACCUUCUACAGAACUUCGAAGCACUGAGGGCCGUAUUAAAGCGGGCAAGAGUGAGAGGCUCUUCGCUUCACCACGGGCGGACGCACGUCGGCAGCAUCCCAGCUUCCAGGUUCCGUCUGGCGGACAGCCCCACGGAUGCCAGCAGCAGCAGCAGCAGCAGCAGCAGCGCGGUGUUGCGGCGCCACCGGAAAGGCCGUGUGGCCCGUCUGCGACAUGAGCCUUCCAAGUUGCUGCCUUUGGAGGAAGAGUCACAAGAUAGCACGGCAAGGACACGAUGUGUACCGUCAGCUCCUUCUUCCCAGAGGUCCCUGAGCUUGGACAGGCUGCAGCAAGGGGCACUGCACAAGGCCAGCCACGAGGACAUCAGGGACGCCACAAAAUCCCCAGGCUCUCGGGAUGGCCCCUUGAGCAACCUCUGCAACAGUAGCAAUAGCCAGGACUCACUGAAUUACGCCCCCAAGAAGAAGGGCAUCAUAAAAUCCAUCCGCUGGUUGCUCGCCAGAAAACAAAAGUCCACCCCAGCCAUGCUAGCGAUGAGCCUGUAUGACCAGCCAAAGAAGAUGCAGCUGGUCAUCGGUCCGUGACAUGCUGACCUGCCCCAGCCCCUCGGCGACGGCGCCACGGGAGGCUCUUUGACUGGAAUGUGAACAAUGGUGGAGAAUGGCCGACUUCCUAUGUAACAAGGCUGUGGCCCUCUCAGGCUUCAAUGGUCUAAGAUGACUCCUAACUUCUGCUUAUCUGCUUGAAUAUUAGUGUGCUCUUCCACCUACUACAGCUAGGCAUCGUGGGUGUCCUCAGUGCGUGGUCUCUAUCAGAGCCUAGUCCUGGGGGCCUGGGCAGCUUGCCUGGAGUGACCUGCAGAACCUGGGAGCUGAGGCCAUGGCAAGCCUGGGCGGGGGGGACCCGGGCACGUCCUCCCCCCACCCCUGCCCCACACCCACCCUGAACUCCCUGGCACCACAACACUCAGAAGACCAAUCAGGUAGCACUGGGCUCCCACCGCGGGGCAGGGUGCUGGGUGUGCACCCAGGAGGAAGGCGCGAGACCCUGGAAAUAAUGUAGUGCAACUCUAAUAAAGGUCUUACUGUUCUUACGGAAA